AUGGCCAUGAACGUGAAGUCUACAUCGCGGGCGUUGAGGGCUCUUCGCCCUCUGGCCGCCCGCCCUGUCUGCAAUGGCGCCAUCCUCUCCUCCAGGAACUACUCCUCGAGCUCGGAGCCCGACCUGAAGACGACCCUCAAGGAGGCCAUUCCCGCCAAGCGUGAGCUUCUCAAGAAAGUCAAGGCCCACAGUUCAAAGGUCCUCGGCGAGGUCAAGGUCGAGAACACCCUCGGCGGCAUGCGUGGCCUCAAGGCCAUGGUCUGGGAGGGCUCCGUCCUCGACGCCAACGAGGGCAUCCGCUUCCACGGACGCACCAUCAAGGACUGCCAGAAGGAGCUGCCCAAGGGCAAGACAGGCACUGAGAUGCUUCCCGAGGCCAUGUUCUGGCUUCUGCUGACCGGCCAAGUCCCCUCCACCAACCAGGUCCGCGUCUUCUCUAGGGAGCUCGCUGAGCAGGCUCAGCUGCCCGAGUUCGUCAGCAAGAUGCUCGACGACUUCCCCAAGGACCUUCACCCUAUGACCCAGUUCGCCAUUGCCGUGUCGGCCCUGAACUAUACCUCCAAGUUCGCCAAGGCGUACGAGCAGGGCCUGAACAAGGCCGACUACUGGGAGCCCACCUUUGAUGACUGCAUCAGCUUGCUCGCCAAGCUGCCGACCAUUGCCGCCAAGAUCUACCAGAACUCUUACCAGGGCGGUGGUGCUCUCCCCGCCGAGGUCGACCUCGAGCAGGAUUGGGCAUACAACUUCGCUGCUAUGCUAGGCAAGGGCGGCAAGCAGAAUGAGAACUUCCAGGAUCUCCUGAGACUGUAUCUCGCCCUGCACGGUGACCACGAGGGUGGCAACGUUUCCGCCCAUGCCACUCAUCUCGUCGGCAGUGCUUUGAGCGACCCCUUCCUUAGCUAUAGCGCCGGUCUUCAGGGUCUGGCCGGUCCUCUUCACGGACUUGCUGCCCAAGAAGUUCUCCGCUGGAUCCUUCAGAUGAAGGAGGCCAUUCCUUCCGGCUACACUGAGAAGGAUGUCCACGAUUAUCUGUGGUCGACCCUAAACAGUGGUCGUGUAGUCCCCGGCUACGGACACGCCGUUCUCCGCAAGCCCGAUCCCCGUUUCGAGGCUCUGAUGGACUACGCUUCCUCGCGCCCCGAGAUUGCUCAGAACCCAGUCUUCCAGCUGGUUAAGAAGAACAGCGAGGUCGCCCCUGAGGUGCUGAAGAAGCACGGCAAGACCAAGAACCCCUACCCCAACGUCGACUCAAGCUCAGGUGUCCUGUUCCACCACUACGGCUUCACCGAGACUCUGUACUACACAGCUACCUUCGGCGUGUCGAGAGGUCUUGGUCCCCUGGCCCAGCUGAUCUGGGACCGUGCGCUUGGUCUGCCCAUUGAGCGACCCAAGAGCAUUAACCUGGAGGGUAUUCUUAAGCAAGUCGAGAGUGCUUAG